UUUAUAUACUUUUAGCCCAUACUACCACAUUAGCACAUACUGAGACAUAUUACAGCCAGGAUAGUAAAAUGAUUUUUGUUGACACUUCGCCGACCCCUGGUGUAGGCCACCUCACUAGCCAAACGUUAGCGAGUGUUUUAAGUGCACCUUGCGUUUGGGACUAGCUUGUUUAACGUAUCACUCCGCAUCGCACUGCUGUGCGUCAUAAGUAAUGCUCAUUUAAGCCCACUACUUCAGCUCGACUGGCACGGCCGCAGAACAUAUAAAUAGGCUCAUCCUGUACGUGUAGAGUUCCACACAUCUGACUGCUCCUGUUUGAUCCUUGUAUAGCCAGAAGAGGACAGACAACCAGCAGCAGUGCCAGGUUCAUGAUAUCUUCAGAUUCUUGCAGUGACUUGUGUCGUUUUGUUUAUUUUCUUCAUAUUUUUGUUUUGUUUUUCAGAGAAUUUAAAAUAAUUUCAGUCUAAGAAGAAAAGGAGCAAAGUGAAGGCAAUGCCCUUAAGUAAUGGCCACAUGAGGUGGUGUGUUUUAUUUUUCGUUUUAGAAAAGAGUUGAAGAUUUUAUUGAACACAUCUGUAUUUUGCAGUUCCAUGUUCAGAAGAGUUUGUAGGUUCCUGAUUUGAGUUAAAGCAGCAUGUUCAAGUGCCUGUUCUGAACAGAGGUCUUGCCAAUAAAAAAAAGGACCUUCCUACUUGUGGUGUUUAUUGACUCCUUUCACAGUCAUUGGGUCUUGCUGCAAAGGAGCGAUGGAGAGUGGUAUUGUUGGAGGAAAGGAAGUUGAACCACACUCCAGACCCUACAUGGUGUCUCUUCAGCUAAACAACACACACGUGUGUGGUGGGAUGCUUAUCAAAAAUAACUAUGUGCUGACUUCAGCUCACUGUGUGGACAACAUUAAGUGCUCUGAGAAUAGCAUGCUGGAAGUGGUCCUGGGAGCUCACAACCUCAAAAAACACGAGAUUUUCCAGCAGAGAAUCAAAGUAACGAAGUGCAUCAAGUAUCCUUCAUACAAACAGAAGGAGUACCACCAUGACAUCAUGCUACUGAAGCUGAAGACCAAAGCCAAAAUAAACAAGUUUGUGAAUGUCAUUGCUCUUCCUGAGAAGGAUAAGAAGAUACCUGCCAAUCAGAAGUGUUCUAUAGCAGGCUGGGGUAUGAAAGCCCCAAACACAUCUGCAUCGCAUGUUCUUCAAGAGGUCACACUGAAACUACAGUUUAACUUUGAAUGCAGGAGGAUAUGGCAGAAAUAUUUUUACCCUCAGCACAUGAUCUGCACUGCAUCAGAUGGAAAAAAAGCUUUUUGUCAGGGUGAUUCAGGGAGUCCUCUUAUUUGUAACAACAAACCACGAGGAAUUGCUGCAUAUACCUACCUUUAUGACUGUAGAAGCCCCAAGUACCCACAAGUAUACAUUAAGAUAUCCUACUUUUUUCCAUGGAUUAAAAAUAUCAUAGGUUAGAAAGUGGAAAAACACUUAUAUUUUUCUUAUGCAAAGAAACCCCAAAAAUAAAUGAUGCUUUGAAUGGAUGAAAGAUGUUUUCUAUAUUUUGUUUUGUCACCUUGAAGAAUCUGCCUCAGAAAAUAAUAGGGGUGUAAGAAAAAAUCAAUACACUUCAGUAUCACAAUAUUCUAUUUUAUGAUACUGUAUCGAUUCUCAAAAACACAGUAUCGAUUUUUUAUUAAUAGUUUACAUGCAAAGAUUUGUGGCAGACAGUGGUUCAUUUUGUGCUGUGUUUAAACCCCAAUCACUAGAUGGCAGUGUUGUAGUCUAUCUUCAGCCAUUAGACUUUUUCAUUUACUCAGAUUGUGUGCAUAUGGUGGUGUGUUAUUCUAAAAUUAGUUUAAAAAAUCACAGUAUAUCUCCUUGCUUACAGAAUAGCAAUAUAUCGCAAUAUAUUGAAUCAUAACCCCUGUAUCAUGAUACUUAUCAUAUCACCAGGUUCUUGCCAAUACACAGCCCUAGAAUAAUACCCAGGCAACCCUUUAAAUGGCCAGGGCCCAUCGUUGGCCCCAAAGUUUGUCGACUUGUCUGGGCUCAAGUUCAUGUAAAAUGGACCCAUGCCAGGUUCUAACGUGUAUUGUAGUCUGAAAAGUGAACCUUGUUGCGCACAUCAUAUUUGGAAUGAGCAUAUACUUACAAAAAAAAAACAAUGACGUUCAUAAGGUAAAUCAUCAAAGUGUUUUUGUACUGUUUUUAAUUUUAUAUUGCUCAAAGAGAACUUCUUAAUCACUGCUUUCUGGUUUUUAUACUGUCGCAACUGUUUUGGAAUUGAGUUUGUAGAAACUAACAUAAGAGUUUAAAGGGUUUCUGUGUGAAACGGAAAUGGGGCGGUGGGUUUUUCUUAGUCAAGCAGCACUAAAGCCACAAGCCUUUGUGAUGUUUGCCCAUGCUCAGGUUCUCAAAUUUGAUGCACUUCCUGUCCUGUAACACAACACAAAAACAGGGCAGACUGAAAAACACCAUUAAAUUAAAACCUCGUAGUUGACAUUUUCAGGUCAAACGGCAGAACAGGGAUGUGUGAACUUCUAGGUUAACAUGUCUUUUUUCUUUGAAACAUUUGACAUCAUUUAAUAGUCACAUCUUUACCCUCAUUGUUUUACAAGGCAGCUCUCACUGUUGAUCAUGCAAUACUUCACUCCUGGCAAGAUGCCUCAUUCUGCACACAGGCCUAAGGAUGAUAUAGCUCCUAAAAGUUGAGAUGAUUAG